AUGCUUGCCGCGUCGAGAAAAGAGAUCAGUAAAGAAGUGCCGAAGGAAGUCCAUGGGAUCAAGAGAGUGUACAAGACUAUCAUAUAUGUUCUAGACCAGUAUGUCUACGAGCCCAUCGCCACAGGACUACGGUUCCUGCACCUGGCCUUGAUAUUCGUCCCGGUUAUGGCUUCUGUGCCCAUUAUAUGGAUUGGCCGGCGCAAGAAGGACAGGGACAACGAGCGCUCGGGGACUCUCUGGUGGUACUCGUUCUUGGUCUCAGCCAUGGAACGCGCUGGGCCUGCGUUCAUCAAGCUGGGUCAGUGGGCAGCAUCUCGUUCGGACAUCUUCCCAGCCCAAAUGUGCAAGGUCAUGUCGGAGUUGCACUCGAAUGCGCCCGCCCACUCGCUUCAGCAUUCGAUUAGGACGAUCUCAGCAGCCUUUGGUGGCCUUCCGUUCGAGGAGAUAUUCGAGGAGUUCCAGGAGAAGCCGUUGGGUGUUGGUGCUAUCGCGCAGGUGUACAAGGCACGAUUGAAGCCAAACAUUGCGUUACCAGACGACAGUGAUCUCGAUGCUGGCUCGUCAGAGCGACUGCUCAGUCGGGUAAGGAGGAAUGUAGACGCGCUUGCAAAGUCGUCGCCUGCGAGAGUUCCUUCGUCUUAUGUUGCGAUCAAGGUACUGCAUCCGAAGGUCGAGAGGACUGUGCGGCGAGAUCUCAAGAUCAUGGGUGUCUUCGCUGCUAUCAUCAACGCGAUACCCACGCUGGAGUGGCUGGAUCUUCCAAACGAAGUGGACAACUUCGGAGAGAUGAUGCGACUACAGCUAGAUCUACGCAUCGAGGCAGCCAAUCUGACAAUAUUCCGGAAGCAAUUCCAGAAGCGGACCACGGCCUGGUUCCCAUACCCAUACUCUGACUUUACGACAAGACAAGUGCUAGUCGAAGAGUUCGCCCAGGGCAUUCCUUUAUCUGCCUUCCUCGAGUCUGGUGGCGGAGUCUUCCAGAAAGAGAUCGCAGAUGAAGGACUAGACGCCUUCUUGCACAUGCUCCUCAUCGACAACUUCGUACAUGCCGAUCUACAUCCCGGCAACAUCAUGGUUCGCUUUUACAAGCCAGUCAAACCAGACGUGCGUCUACCUUACACGAGUAAACAGGAUCCGUCUCGGCCUUCGUCACCAGAUGAGAUUGACGAGACCGAGGCUGUGCUGUCUCGUCUGAGGCCACACAUGGGAAAGCAGCCCGACUGGGAUAAGACUCUUGCACAGAUCGAUCAGGAGGGAUACCGACCUCAGCUGAUCUUCAUUGACACCGGCUUGGUCACAGAGCUGAACAACGACAACAGAAAGAACUUCUUAGACCUCUUCCGUGCGGUAGCUGAGUUCGACGGCUACAAGGCCGGACACCUGAUGAUCGAGCGCUGUAGGUCACCAGACGCCGUCGUUAACGGCGAGGUCUUUGCCCUGCGCAUGCAGCACCUUGUCAUCGGCGUGAAAGGCCGGACCUUCGCACUGGGAAACAUCAAGAUCGGCGACGUGCUCUCAGAGGUUCUCUCCAUGGUCCGCGACCAUCACGUACGAAUGGAGGGUGACUUCGUCAACGUGGUCAUUUCGAUCCUUCUGCUCGAGGGCAUUGGGCGGAGCCUCGACCCGAAUCUAGACUUGUUCAAGAGCGCGCUCCCGAUUCUGCGGCAGAUUGGAACCGCAGAUCCGAAGGCCGUGCUGAAGAGCUUUAAGACAGGGGACUUCUCGAUGCUGAAGAUCUGGAUUGGACUGGAGGGCAGGCGGUUCUUGCAAGCUUCGGCUGAGUCUGUUGAGCGGUGUGUGAAGAGCGACUUGCUGAGUCCGAAUGUGUAG